AUUUGAUUUGGUGUAAAGAGUAAUUACAAGAUCUUUACAUAAAAGCCUACACAGACAAGAAUUAGUUCUACUAAUCUUGCCGUAAAUGUUUCUUCACUCUUAAAGUAGUUUCCUAUUUUACCUACCUGCCUAUUGAGUGACAACCAGAGAUUUUCCUAACCUCAAAAAUUUUCCUCGUGAAAAUCUCAACAAAAACUUUAAAUUAAGAUGAAUGUGACACUCCCCCCCAGUGCAGGCCUCGAAAAUGUCGAUGCCGAACAAGUUAAAACGUUUAAAGAUUUUUUAAUCUCUUACAAUAAAUUAGCUGAAUUGUGUUUCACCGACUGUGUUUCGGAUUUUACAUCUCGGAAUAUUAAAGGGAGUGAAGAUCGCUGUGCGUUAAAUUGUCUAGAAAAAUUCCUUAAAGUAAACCAACGUAUUUCUCAAAGAUUCCAGGAAUUCCAGAUGCUUGCCAAUGAAAAUGCAAUCGCAGCGGCACAAAAACUCGGUCAAAAUCCGACCUGAACGAUAAUUUAUUUGUGUUUGUUAUUGAUUUGCUAGUUUGUUAUAAAAUAUAGUUUCAUCUUUAAAUUUC